CCCGGGACACCAGUCAGCCACCAGGCGCAGAGAAGGUAACCACACGGGACAAGUCACAAGCAUGGUCCGCAGUCAGAUGUGUGCGGCUAUGAUGCUGCUGGCGGUGGCCGCCAUGUGCGAGAGAGCGCUGGCUGGAGGGUACGCCCACUCCUACGCCCACCAGACUGGGCCCGUGGUGGGUCCCGCCCACGCCGUCAGCGUCGGAGGGUACGGCGGACACGGCGGCUACGGCGGACACGGCGGCUACGGCGGCCACGGCCACGGACACAGCGUGGACUAUGUCGCGUACCCGAAGUACGAGUUCGAGUACGGAGUGUCUGACGGGCACACAGGGGACCACCACUCCCAGAAGGAGCACCGCGACGGAGACGUGGUGACGGGCGAGUACUCGCUCAAGGAGGCGGACGGCAGCGUGCGCACCGUCAAGUACCACGCAGACAAGUCCGGCUUCCACCCCGUCGUGCACCACUCCCAUCAUGGAUAUGGUGGCGGAGCUGGCGCUGGGGACGGAGGCUCUGAUCAUGGUCACGGUUGGUAUUACUGAAGACUCAUGACCUGAUUCAGGCACAAACGUCAUUCUGGCCAAUAGAAAAUCUGCGCUGUUUCCGGCUGACUUAUUCUUGCCCGUUAUGUAUUCAUAUGGAUUUUGGAUAAGCUGCUGCCUUCGUUAGUUUACUUGGGCACAUCCACAUAUCUGCUCGUGCAAGUCUGUGCCCAAUGAUGGCCUCACAAUGCAUAUUCUGAAACUUUUCUCUCUUUAGUUUCCAGCAAGAAUAUUGCUCUUCAGAUUUUUCACUUUCAUGAUUAAGUACAAAUGCAUUAGCUACUCUAAAUACACACGAUAUUAUUCUUACCAAAACAGUGCGACAUCUGUUUUGUAUCUACUGCCUGGUACAGCAGAAUAUGACGUGUGUGGUCUCUUACAUUUUGUGGUUGUAUAUAUCAUAAGUUAUUAAUUUUGUAAUAUUUAUAUUGUUUUUAUUGUAUUUAAGAUACACAAAGGCAUAAUUAAUAAAAAGCUGUCACAGAAGAGAA